AUGGCGUCAGCUGAUAGUCCCCGCGACGGGCUUCGUAGCACCAUCAUCAUCAGUUCAGAUGCGGAGAUGGAUGAACACCAGCCCCAGGCACGAAAGCUGCGAAGAAAGAGACCCCGCACAGACUACAGCUAUCCGGUGUAUGAGGCUCUAUUUGAUGACCCAGCGCCCUCCGAAAUGAGGCAGCCACCGAAAAAACGUAAAAUUCCCAACUUACCCAACUUGGGCACGGUUUUGGAAACCGCGAACCAGGGAAUUCAUAACAUUUUCGAGGCGGAGCAUGCGAAGAGAAAAGCGCUGGAAGAAGAAGUGCAGCACCUGCGUGCAGAAAUCACUAGGAAGAAUGGGCUGGUCGACAGACUCGAGACUGAAGAACUCCUCCAGUACCGGGGCACCAAUGCCUCCUUGAAACCACAUACUCAAAGCUGUAACUGGGACACGUCUAAGUCUUCUCCAGACAUCUCUACAUCUUCUACUGGUUUAGCGGAGGGCCGACCAAGAUGA